UUGUCUGCUUUAUGGGUCGAUUUCGUUCAGGCUAUUGCAAAUGUACUAUCCAAAAAUAGCCAUGCCUUUCUCAUCAGCAGAGUUUUGAUCGUGUAUCCUUGGACCGAGCGGUAUUUCGGUACAUUUGGUGAUAUCUUCACCGUCACUGCUAUUUUGCAAAACAGCAAGGUAGCAGCUCAUGGUAAGGUGGUGCUAAAGGCAGUGGGCCAAGCAGUGGAGAACAUGGACAACAUUAAAGACACAUACGCUACUUUGAGCCGGUUGCAUUAUGAAAAACUCCACGUGGAUCCGGAUAACUUCAGAUUGUUGGCCGACUGCAUCACCAUAGCGGUGGCCUGUAAACUCAGGAGUGCGCUGGACCCUCAGGCCCAAGCUGUCUGGCAGAAGUUUCUGUCUGCUGUGGUCGAUGCUAUGAGCAGUCAGUACUACUAAAGAGAAAAAUAUACAAUUUGCUAGUUAAACCAUGUGUGUCUUUCUCCUUGUUCUGCAUGUCAUGCAACACAUCACCGAAGCAUUUAAAUAUAUCUUAAUAAACAGAGCAAUUGCUUCAAUCACAUGCUAUUCAUAUGUAGUGCAGUGGUGAGAAAUGUUUUUGCACAGCUUGAUAUUGGUAUAUUUCAGGAUUAAACUAGAGUUUAGGGCACUUGAAAUGGUCUUCUCUUUAUUUUUAUAGGCCUACCCCUCUUAGAAGAUUGUCACAAAUAAACCUUACAAGCUUCAAUCGUUUUUAAAAACUCCCCAUUCAUGUAAAUAAAUGC